ACGUUGCAGCAAGCAGCAUCUAGCAUUCUGGCUAAAUGUGUAAACCUGCUUAACUUCAUUUUUCACUGCUUUUGCGACUACUUUACUCGCUACUAUGAGCAGUCAGAGGAACGACAACACCUCCUGAGUCUAUAAACCGUCGUGUCAAGAUUAAUUGAUUAUUCUUGAUUUAUUUUGGCGUGGACAUCACCUCUGCCUGGAGGAAAUACUACUGGCUAGGUAGCACGCCUGCUUGGAGCUCCAGUGUCAGCCUGUAGUACCAGAGGGGAUGGAUCCUCUGGGUGCUCGCUCCCAGUUCGUGGACAUCCAGACCCUCCCCACGUGGCAGCAGCAGCUGGACGAGGAUGGCGAGGAGACGCCGCUGGAGCAGGGCGACAGCCUGCUUAGCCAGCAGGCCUUCCCCUCACCCUUCCCCUUCAGACCAGACAUCAACCGCAAGAUCAUCCUCUUUGCUGGUGAUGUGGCGCUGCUGAACUGCACCUCUAUCGUGAACACCAGCAACGAGUCGCUGAAUGACAAAAACCCAGUGUCUGACAGCAUCCAUCAGCUAGCAGGGCCUGAGCUGCGAGAUGAGCUGCUUAAACUCAAAGGAUGUCGGACGGGGGAGGCGAAGCUGACCAAAGGCUUCAACCUGGCGGCGAGGUUCAUCAUCCACACGGUGGGACCAAAAUACAAAGCCAAGUACCGGACAGCAGCGGAGAGCUCGCUGUACAGCUGCUACAGGAACAUCAUGCAGCUGGCUGCAGAGCAGUCGAUGGCAUCUGUUGGCUUCUGUGUGGUGAGCACAACCAAAAGAGGUUACCCACUGGAGGACGCAACACACAUUGCUUUCAGAACAGUGCGCAGGUUCCUGGAGAAUCAUGGAAACAGCAUAGAGGCGGUGGUGUUCGCAGUGUCAGACACAGAUGAGCUGGUGUACAAGAAGUUACUGCCUCUCUACUACCCUCGCUCUGAGGAAGAAGAGAAGGCCUGCCUGCCACUCAUCCCAGCUGACAUUGGCAACUCAGAGGGUGAACCGGUCGUCCCAGAGAGACAGAUCCGCAUCGCAGAGAAACCAGGCACCCUGGAAGAUGAUUCUGAAGAGGAGAGUCUGGAGUCAGAUCUGGGUCAGGUGGGGAAUCACGCUUUCGCCCGGAUGGAGGGUGAUGUGGACAAACAGCGGAAACAGAUCCUACAGGGCCAGAUGUCAGAGGCAGCCAUGCAGAAACAACACCAGAGGAAUUACAAUCGCUGGCUGUGCCAGGCAAGAGCGGAGGAUCUGUCGGACAUCGCUGCACUGAAAGCUUUAUAUCAAACUGGUGUCGAUAUGUGUGGCAGGACAGUGAUGGUUCUGGUUGGACGAAACAUCCCAGUGACCCUUAUCGACCUUGAAAAGGCGCUGCUGUACUUCAUCCAUGUGAUGGACCACAUCACAGUGAAGGAGUAUGUGAUGGUUUACUUCCACACGCUGACCGGCGAGCACAACCACCUGGACUCCAAUUUCCUCAAGAACCUCUACGACAUCGUUGAGGCCAAGUUUAAAAAGAAUUUAAAGGCCUUCUACUUUGUACAUCCAACAUUUCGAUCUAAGGUCUCAACAUGGUUCUUCACCACCUUCAGCGUGUCAGGGAUGAAGGACAAGGUUCGCUACCUGGACAACCUGCAGCAGCUCUUCACCUGCAUCAAACCUGAGCAGAUCGACAUCCCGCCGUUUGUCCUAGAAUAUGACGCACGGGUGAACGGACCUUACCAUCCCUCUCAGUCUUCUGGUCUGUGACAGGAGACCAAUUGGACUUCCCUGCUGGGGUGACGAGGUGGUGUCAGCCUGUCAAAUGAAGGCCUUUUAUGGACAUCAUGUUGCCCGUGUGGUCUGAACUCCUAACCUCUUGUAAAGGCUCUGAACCAUAGUGGGGUAUCUCUGCUUUUGUUCUGUCCCAGCCAAAAGGACAAAAUGAACAGUUGCAGCCCACAUUUAGCAGCAUGUGGCCUGGUGAGAGGUCAUUGUCACUCACCACAGACUAUUUGUGGAUCUUGUAUGGUUUCUGGAUUAUGCCUUACACCGAGAGUUCUUAUUCAGCAGUUUCCUCAAACAUCCCUAAAUAUGAAGUAUCAUGUCAAGCCUGACAGUGGCUCAAAGCCUUUUCCGUUGUGUGGUCAUAUCAGACGUCCUCGCCCAUGUCUCAGAAUAUUAUGACUUUUCAAAUGCUGGAGUAAGAUGGGAAUAUUACUUCUGUCUGGACUUCCACUUCGUUUGAUUCCGUACCAUACCAUGCUGGAUGGCAGAAACUAUGGGCGAAGUAAAGACUAAUGCUCAGUCGGAAGUUGGAAAUUCCCACCCGGUACGUUGCAAUAACAACCUCUGCGUUCUCCUGCGGCCACAAUCAGAAACCCCGGGGGAGACAAAUGAACGCCUGGCUUGGAGAUAUUAUACCUGGAUAGACGGCUAAUGUCAUUGUAUGUUCUAAACAUAGAACAUUAACUUUAUCACAUUUUGGAAAGUGCACCUUUUUGCUUUCUUGCCAUGAGUUGGAUGGUUUGUAUGGUAAAUUUGAAGCUACAGCCAGAAGAUGAUUAGCUUAGUUCAGAAUAGACUGGAAGAAGGGCGAAAGCGCUACCUGUAAAACCUCAAUUUCUACACUUAUGGUAUGGUUAGUUUGUGAGCUUUAAAAGGUGCUGGUGGGCAUAUUUUCCUACCUUUAACCAGAGCAAGGCUAGUUGUAACUUCCUGUUUAACAGAGGUUGGUAUCUCAUCUAACUCUUGGCAUGAGAGUAAAUAACUUGAUUUCCCAAACUGUUAACUUUAAGCUUUAAAUCCAUACAGAGUGUUUGGAUAUAUGUGCUUCUACCAGCCAUUUAACUUAAAAGUAAAUGUAGCACUGAAACAAUUCAUUGAUUAAUCACUCAACACAAGUGGGUUGGGUUUUUUUGUUUUGUUUUACAGUUGAUUGAUCAUGUGACUUCAUAGCAAAGGAUGCUUAACAUUCACUGGUGUCAGUUUCUCAGCUGUGAAAAUUUUCUGCUUUUUCUGUUUUAAAUAGUUAAAAAUUGAACGCUUUUCGGUUUGGGACUUUUGGUUGCAAAAAAACCAAGCAAAUUUAGGAUGUAACCUGGGCCUUUGUUAACAUCUGAUGGGCAAUUUUCACUAUUUGUUUAAACUUUAUAGAUUAAAAGGUCCAGUGUGUAACAUUUAGGAGGAUCUAUUGGCAGAAAUGGAAUAUAAUAUUCAUAGGUAUGUUUUCAUUAG